ACAAAAAACAAAAUUAAUGUUUGAUAUGUAGUUGGAUUUAUUUUCCAGCCAUUAAAACCUCAAAAAACAUCAAACAAAAACAUUAGAAGUGAGACUGUAAUAGUAUCCCAUGCUACAUAGCAUUCAUGUUGUGGUUUUCACUGUUAAGGCUAAAUCAAGUUAAUUUCAUGGUGUUAUUACAAUCUGGGGUCUGGGGCAUUAAUUUUGACAGAUUUAUCUGAAGCCACGCCUAAAGUCCUGAUGCUGGUGCUGUAUUGGCAGGGAGCACAGCGCACAGGACCGCAUUGGCUGUUUUUUUUUUUUUUCUUUUUCUUUUUUCAUUAGGGUCCCAAACUACACCGAGAUUUGGAAUAUUACGUUAUAGUCCUACAGGAAGAUGGCGACUGUCAUUCAUAAUCCUUUGAAAUCGCUUGGCGACCAGUUCUAUAAGGAGGCCAUCGAACACUGUAGGAACUACAAUGCCCGACUCUGUGCAGAGCGCAGCGUGCGCAUGCCCUUCUUGGACUCACAAACUGGUGUGGCACAGAACAACUGUUACAUCUGGAUGGAAAAGCACCAACGUCAGCCAGGCCAGGCAGCAGGACAGAUGUAUACCUACCCCGCUCGUUGCUGGAGAAAGAAGAGGCGACUCCACCCUCCCCUGGAUCCCCAGCUCCGCCUGUGUGAGCUUCGACUAGAAGCAGAACUGGCCCCAAAGCGUGAGGGGGCACCGGGGGAGGCCACAGCCCUGGAGGCCCUACUAAGGGGGGACAACCUGCUGGAGAAAAAAAACAACAUCAGUAAGGAAGAGGAGACAUUGCUAGAAAUACAGAGAGUACUUGAGGCAGAGGAAAAUGGGGACGGCUUCCAUGAUGAUGAAGACUUUGAACUCGAUACUCCGAAGAGAAAGAACAGAAACAGAGGCAAAAACCGAGGCUCGAGCCGCAGAAGGGCAGAACCCGUUAACAUCGAGGACCAGGAUAAACCUUAUGUCUGUGACAAUAGAUACAAACAAAAGUAUAACUCAAAAAAGGCUGAAGAAGUGUGUGGAAAGCGCUACAAGAACCGGCCUGGCCUGAGCUACCAUUACACACACACUCACCUGGCAGAGGAGGAGGGAGAAGAGGAGAAGGAACCAGAGAUGGCUCCGUCUUCUCCUCAGAGUUCAGACAACCAUAAACGUAUGCUGCUGGCUGCUCAAAAGGGCCCCGAUGGUGCUGUUAUCCCCAACGACUACUGUGACUUCUGCCUGGGAGACCAGGACUCCAACAGGAAAACAGGACAAGCAGAGGAGCUGGUGUCCUGCUCCGACUGUGGACGUUCUGGUCAUCCUACAUGUCUGCAGUUCACUGAGAACAUGAUGCAGGCUGUCAGGACAUACCAGUGGCAGUGCAUCGAGUGCAAGUCCUGCAGCCUCUGUGGCACCUCGGAAAAUGAUGACCAGCUGCUGUUCUGCGAUGACUGUGACAGAGGAUACCACAUGUACUGCCUGAAGCCACCGAUGACCCAGCCUCCUGAAGGAAGCUGGAGCUGUCACUUGUGUUUGGACUUGUUAAAAGACAAGGCCUCAGCCUAUGGUGAAGCAUAAAGGACACCCUGGACAUUUUUAAAGCACAUGUAAACACAAGCUAUAUAUAUUUGUACAGAUGCACUUACUGUUUGACAUAUACUUUCUCCCAGAUACAACCCAACACACACACAAUACCCACAUAUACACAGAUACACACUCCGGUGCAUUAGCAGGCUCAGGGCAGUUUCCCAUGUGAGGCUCAGAGAUCCUCUACCUCUCAUAAAGCCAAGCAACACUCACAGAUGCAAAUGUCAUACGCCAUCUUAAGCGUAAGUCAGCUAACAGCAGAUCUGCUGUUCCCUCGUUUCUCUACCUCACCUCUCAGCAGACAGCAAAAAGCCAAAGCAAGAUUGAUAAUGGCCAAUACAGCAUAGAACAUGUGCAUGUGAAGUACACGUUUAUUUUAACUGUAUUUCUGCAUGUUUCCCCCCUGAUUUGGAUUUAUUUGAGUAUGAUUUGGAAGGUGUUUCUCCUUGAGUAUUUGCUGAAGCUGCAUCACUUCCUUCCCUUGUAGCUUAAGUUCUCCAGUGGGGGAACCUUGAGUGAGUUUGACUAAUGUUUGUUUAGAUUUCUCCUUCCAGCUCUACUCCUCUGCUAUGUUUAGACUUUACAGUGACAUUCCCACUUUACAUCUGGACAGACUCAGUAUUAGUUAUGCCAUCUUUCACAGGUUUUGUCAAGCUUGGUGAAAUUUAUAUCCUGCACUAAGAGGAAAUGGGGCGAUAAAACAGCCUCCACUAUCAUUCCCUUUGGAGCAUAGUGACUUUAUAUCCACGUCUGUUUUUCUGUAUUCGUUCAGUUACCAGGAUACUGUGGUGCUCAGUAGGACACCUUACUAAUGGUGUAAUACUUUUAAAAGUAGAAUAAAAAAAUUAUUCAUCUAAAUGUCAUCUGUAAAUCAGUGGUUCCCAAACCUUUUCUUGAAACAAGUUCCUUUAGCUUACUGAAAUAUUGCCCUUUAGCUGAUUCUGUCUUAUUUUAAGUGUAAUGAGAUAAUUUUGACCAGAAAUAAGACAAAUACUCUUGGUAAGAGUUUUUGCAGUGUAUCUCCUACUUCCCAGCCAAGUUAUAGACUGAUUGCAUUUUAUUAAAUAAAUACCUGAAAUUUCUCAUUAAAAAUACAACUUUAUGUCUUCAGUGAACUAAGAAUGCAACUUCAUACUUUAUUUGACUGACAUGUCAAUGAGCCAGAGCUACAGGUUUUCUUCUCAGUAAAUUUUGACAUUAACCUGACUAUCGUUAGCCUUGCUAGCAUCACAGCCCACUUUUGUUCUUUAAACAAUUCCUUAUUAAUCCUUCUGUUUUUAUAGUGAAUUUGAAGUGAACGCUUGCAGUGAUAGAUUCACAUAUCACAGUUUAAACAAUUUGUUUUCCUACACUUUGACUGAAUUUGGUUUUUGUCUGAAAAAAUAACUUCACUAGCAGCUGUUGCUAGCCAGCUAUUUCAUGCUAACUCCAUGAGUUGAUUGAACUUUUUAAGCUAUUCAGCUCACUCAUUUUAAAGGAAAAAACACCAUAAAAAGGGUUUAAUCAAUACCAUCAUGCCUACAAAGCCACAACUAAAACACUGAAGCUAAGCUAUAAAUUUUUGUGGGCAGGUUUUGAUGAUAAUGGCUCAGACACAGUAAAAUCUUAGCGUCGACUUUUUUUCACAGCAUCCAUUUUGACAUUGAAGGUAAAUGGAUAUGUUACUAAUGACAAUAAUGAACAUCUUCUAUUUAGGAGCAAGGCUUAAUUAAUGUAAUUCGUAAACCUGUGUUAGCCUACUGCUUCAUGUCAAAAUUACUUCUACUAAAAAGGUCCAAAAACUAGCAUUGUGAUUUUAGCCUCUAACCAUACAUAUCUUGCUAAUUAGAGAUUGAACAUAACUCUUCAUCAGACAGCAAUCCAAUCCAAUCCAAUCCAUUUCUUAUUAUACUCAAGUCUUUCAGUUUUGCCUGUCCAGUUAAGUGUUUAGAAGUCCAAUGUUGUGGACUGGUCACCUGCAAGUACUUGCUUUUUCUAUGCUUUGAUUGAACAGCCAAUAAUUUUUGAAAAAUGUUCAGCUUUUAUUGUUUCGCUCUACUCUAUCCAUACAUACACAGGUAUUUUGAUAAACAUAGCCUUUUCUAUGCGUUUUGACCUUUCGUCCAAUGUAAACUGCACUUUGAGACACUGAAAAUGGGAGCUUCUUCCAGGGUGAAGAUUUUCAAAAAGUCAAGUUUCUUAGUUUCUUUCCAGAUUUUGUCUUCCAGUGGCAAAGUUGUACACCCUUAUCUUCUUUUUUGACAUCAGACUGUGCUUUGUGCUAAUGUUUUUAGGCUCCAUAUUGCCUAACAUUUCUAUAAGGUCAGGUUUAUACCGUCACCUGUUGCUUUGGCAGCAUGCUCUUUCAUUUGGGUGAAGUUCAAAAUCCUUACAUCCUUAUAGAGGGUCUGUCCAACAGUUUGGGAACCACUCGUGUAAAUUUUCCACUGCAACAUGUUUAUUAUGAAACCUUCAUACAUUAUUAUCUCUCAAGGAAGCAGCAUAUACUGUUGUGUCCUGUGUUUUGUAUGCAGUUAAAAACAGAAUAUAUUCUGGGAGUGCUGCAUUUGUACAGCUGUGUGAAUAAGGUUAAUGUUUACUUGGUUCCAUGUUAGACUGAGCACUAAAAUCUGUGAAAAUUGUUUAUAUUAUGAAAAAAAGUUGACUCUCAAAAGUCGAAACACCUCAAGAGAAGAAAUUAGAAAAAGAGAAAAUGAUCCUCAAAGUACACAUAGUGUGCUUCUCCUGACAGGAUAUCACAUUUUGCAUUUGUGUUUUGUUAUUAUGUGUUUGUAUUUGAUAACGCAUUUCCACUGACAAUCAUGAGGUAGCAUAGACACAUUAUUAACACACUGAGGGUUUCACUGUGCUUUUCUGUGGCGAAUUUUCAAUGACAUUUGCGUCUUCCUUACACAAAUGUCAUAUGUGG